AUGUUCCGUUUCCUCUCCGAUGAACACGCCAUAAAGAAAUCGGCGAUGCGAAAUUGCUCCAUUACAGCCGUCUCCGGAGUGGGAUGCGUACGCUUCUUCGUUGGAGGCCACGAGAUCAAAGUUUUCGAAAUCAGUGGCUUCGAGGGGCGGGUUCCUCGAGAUAGUUCUGAAUAUCUUCAAUUUUAGCGCUUGUGAUGCACUCCCAAACUUCGAUUUUUCCAGUUCUGGAAACAGAGUCAUGACAGAGGUUUUCCUUGUAGAAGGUCUAGAUUUCCAUGUCCCAUCUCAGGUUUGUCACAUUUGUUGGAUAUUAAUGCUUGCAAACUUUUUGAAAUAACUUUUCUUUGCCAAAAUUAAGAUCGUUUCAUUGCCAUACUCGCCCGUACUCGCAAAGUAGUCGCUCGACGAAGAAGAAAGAGCAGAAGAACCGAAUCCGAUCGACGACAAUGAAAAAGAAAUCAAAGGAAUCGAGCUGAAGGACGUCACAGCCGGUGAUUUUCGAGCACUUGCGAGCGCCAUUUAUCCUAGCAGACAUGGCAUUAUCGCAGGUGAUCUCACAUUCAUAGAUAAAUAAAUAAAACCUUAUUUUUAGCCGCGAGACGUUGAUUGGUCUGCUGAGCCUCGCCGAAAAAUGCAGGCGACCGCUCUUUAUCCAAUGCGAGAUACCGCUACUUGCGCUCUAAGAAGAAACACAUUAAAUUUUGUGAAGCGGUUGAGCUGGGCCACGCCUGUUAGCACUGAAAGAUCUUCAGGUCAUUCAUCGUAUUCUCUAUUGAAUUCUACUCCAUUUUCUUCCCAGAACGAUUUGUUCAAGUCGCUUCGACUAGCUUGGAAAGGCGUGGAGGAGAUGGAGAUGAUCAGAUUCGCUUCCAUGUAUGACUUACCGCCAAAGAGGGAUUCAUGGAAGUCUUCUUCCGAAUCAAGAGAAAAUUACCUCCAACGAAUUGUUUCCUCCUAUCGAUAUUGAGACGGCUGUCAAGGUUUUCCUCGCAUUUAUUAUUAUCGUUGAUCCUGCUUCUUGUUCUGUGAAAGUUGUUGCUGUCACUGCUACCCUGUUUGUUUGUUACUGGAUUCCAAUAAAAUCAUGAAAGAGCGAUUGGUUUUCACUGUUGAGUUUUCAUGGCAAAAUAUCCACCGAGUUUUUACUGCUUGCGAUUUCUUUUGGAAAUUCUGAGAUUUGCUUAACAGCAAUUCCCGCAGGCUUGUGCGCGAGUCAGCCUCGGCGGCCACGUCCCAAAGCCUGGCCCAGCCUUAG